CACAUUUAAAAAACAAUGAAAUUCUCUCGCUUCAUGCUUUUCUCUUUCGAACGAACCAAGCCAAGCCUCUCUCUCUCAAUUCAGAUCCUCCUUUCAGCUCUCUUUUCUCUUCAAUUCCCACCAAUCUCUUCUUAUUAAUCUCCCAAACUUCUCUUCUUUUAUUUCUUCUUUCCAGAUCAUCACUACUCAAACAUCAGGAAGUGGUGUGGACACGUGUGUUGUUGUGUUGAGAGAAAUGGCGAACAAUCUGGUGGUGAAAGUGAAGCGAGAAACAAUUGUAGCAUGCAUGACUUGUCCUUUGUGUAAUAAGCUUCUCAGAGAUGCCACCACCAUCACCGAGUGCCUUCAUUCCUUUUGCAGAAAGUGCAUAAAUAAGAAAUUUGUGGAUGAGGAGAUGGAAUGCUGUCCAGUAUGCGAAAUCCCUUUGGGUGCUGUUCCUUCUGAAAAAUUGAGCAUGUGCUUUUGUGUGCCAAUGGUUGGGGGAGGGAUUAUUAAGCUGCACGACACUGAGAUGCACAUUGCCAUAAAGUACCUAUGGCAAGACCAUAGUUUGCAAGAUGUGAGGGCCAAGAUCUUUCCUCUCAAAAGAAGAAAAGUCAGCACACCUGAAGCUGUGCCCUCAGUUUCUUUACCAGUUAGAAGAAAGGAAAGGUCACUCUCAUCAUUGGUUGUCAGUGCACCCAGAGUAUCAGCACAGACUACUAUGACCAGGAGAAGAACAAAUACUGUUGCAAGAAAGGCUGCUGCUUUACGGGGUUCAAGUAUUUCCAUGGAGAAACCCUUUAAAAAGGAGGAAGAUUCCAUGGAGGAUAAUCAGGAUUGGUCAAGCUCGCCUGAAACUCUUAAUAAGCUAUCUCAGAAUGGAAGACAGAGUUCUUCCUCUGCUCAUCCUGGCCAAUCCGUACCUGAUAAAGAAACAGAAUACGAUGCUGAACAAUGUGACGCAAAAUCUGAUCUCUGGAAACCUUUAAACUUUUUGGUGGAAGUUGCAAGUAGAACCAGGUCAUUCAAGUGUAAUUCACAAGGAUCCGAUGCUAAAUUAGAAUCUGCAGAUGUUCAUGACAAAGAAAUUCAAGGGCAUAAAACCAAAAAUAAGGAAGACAAACUGAAAUCAAAAAUUGAGGAUAAAACAAAUAGCACUGAUCCUACCUCCUCAGAAACUGGAAAUCCUAAAAAGUUGCGAAGAAUCCGUCGAAAAACAGCAGUUGCUUUUGGGGAUUCAAAUAUUUCACCCCAAUCUGUGUUGGAAGCCAAUGGUGCAAAGUAUGAGAGAAGAAGUGGUCCAAUUUGGUUCUCUCUAGUAGCUUCUGAAGUCCAGGGAGGAGGCCUGCCCUUGCCACAAAUUCCAGCUAGUUAUUUAAGAAUAAGGGAUGGAAAAGUACCAGUUUCUUUUAUCCAGAAGUACUUGAUGAAGAAACUAAAUCUCAUUAAUGAAUCUGAGGUUGAAAUCAAAUGCAUGGGACAAUCAUUGAUCCCCACUUUGGAACUGUAUAAUUUAGUUGAUUUGUGGCUGCAAACAGCAUCAACACCAGAAAAAGUAGCAGCAAAAAUAGGUUCCUCUGCGAAAGAUUUUGUAAUGGUACUCACAUAUGCUCGAAAGGUCCACAGUGGCUUCCAUUAAGGCCUAAUUUCAUUGUGGCCAGUACAUCUUUAUGAUCUUAUAUUAUUAUUUGCAUUUAUCAUUUAUAUUACCAGGAAUUGUUCCUUACAAUAAUUGUAUUGCAGUCACUUACAAGCUGCAACAAUGAAGGUGAACAUAUGUCUACUGAAAAGAGCCUCUUGCUUCUUAGCGAUAUAAUUCCGACAGUCUUUUGUUUUCAUGGAUUUUUUUAUCUCCUUAAUUAAUGAAUUGUUUUCGGGACAAGUUUAGGGGUAAAUGAUGCACAUACGUACAUACUUUUUAUA